AUGCAUCCAAAGCUUAUGAUCUUACUUUUCUUAACGUCUUUGCCAACCUCUAUUUGCUUGGAGCCUAUCUUAGGGGCGACAGGUUCGGCUAAUGGCCCCCGACCAAGUGCUGUGAACCAGGAGAUGCAUCUUGAGUUGCUUCAAGCACUGGAACAGCUGCAGCAUGGCGAACCGGAGAACAAGAUACCCGAGAAACGAAAAUCUAUAUAUGAACGUGCAUGGGAUGCUAUUGCGCCAUCUCACGAGUUUAAAGAGGGAUUAAAGAUAAUAUGGCUUCGCUGGACUUUCGAAAUCAAGCAUACCCUCGGUCUGGCAGAAUGCGGACACUUCAGUGGGUACGCCGGCCCAAAUAAAGAGAUUUACUACCAGUAUGAGACUGAUGAUGGUCACUGCGAUACAGUCAUUGAACAAAUUGAGGUGGAACGGGCAAUCGAACGCCAAGUCAUGAAAGAGGGGGCAGCCCUUCAAACUACUGAAUGUCUGGAUCUGACUGACACUUGGGUUUGGAAUGGCCACCUACUUGUUGGACCAACCAAGGGAUUUGACUACGAAAUAGAAUGCGGGCCAAAGCUUAUUGUUACUCCAGUGUCUAUGAUGUGGGAUUUGGAGACCCUGGAGAAAGCAGAGAAGGAGAAAGAAAAGCAAGCUGACCGUGAGCUAUAG